CCGCGAUGGCAGCCUGCGAGCUUUACACCAAGUAUGCAAGGAUUUGGAUCCCUGAUCCAGAAGUAGUCUGGAAGUCAGCAGAACUUCUGAAGAAUUACAAAUCAGGAGACAAAGUCCUCCAUCUUAGACUUGAGGAUGGCAAGGAUCUUGACUACAAGCUGGAUCCUAAAACAAAGGAGCUCCCGCCCUUGCGGAACCCGGACAUACUUGUGGGCGAAAACGACUUGACCGCGCUCAGCUAUCUCCAUGAGCCUGCUGUUCUCCAUAACCUCAAAGUCCGGUUUAUAGACUCAAAGCUCAUUUAUACAUAUUGCGGAAUAGUUUUAGUGGCCAUAAAUCCUUACGAACAGCUGCCCAUCUAUGGCGAAGAUAUCAUCAAUGCGUACAGCGGCCAGAACAUGGGGGAUAUGGACCCACACAUCUUUGCUGUGGCGGAGGAAGCGUACAAGCAAAUGGCAAGAGAUGAGCGGAACCAGUCGAUCAUUGUGAGUGGAGAAUCCGGAGCUGGAAAGACCGUCUCUGCUAAGUACGCUAUGAGAUAUUUUGCCACCGUAAGUGGGUCUGCCAGUGAAGCUAAUGUCGAAGAGAAAGUGUUGGCUUCCAAUCCUAUAAUGGAGUCUAUUGGCAAUGCCAAAACCACACGGAAUGACAACAGCAGUCGUUUUGGGAAGUACAUUGAAAUUGGCUUUGAUAAGAGGUAUCGAAUCAUUGGUGCUAACAUGAGAACUUACCUGCUGGAAAAAUCAAGAGUGGUGUUCCAGGCAGAAGAGGAGAGGAAUUAUCAUAUCUUCUACCAACUCUGUGCUUCUGCGACAUUGCCCGAAUUUAAAACGUUGCGAUUAGGGAAUGCAAACUGUUUUCAUUAUACAAAGCAAGGGGGCAGCCCUGUGAUCGACGGGAUCGACGACACCAAGGAGAUGCUGAACACCCGGCGGGCGUGCACUUUGCUAGGUAUCUCUGAUUCCUAUCAGAUGGGAAUUUUCCAAGUCCUUGCUGCUAUUCUUCACCUGGGCAAUGUGGCAUUCACAUCUCGAGAUGCUGACAGCUGUACAAUACCACCCAAGCAUGAACCCCUCAGCAUCUUCUGCGAUCUCAUGGGAGUGGAGUACGAACAGAUGGCUCACUGGCUUUGCCACAGGAAGCUCGCUACAGCUACUGAGACCUACAUCAAGCCAAUUUCCAAACUGCAGGCCACCAACGCCAGGGAUGCUCUUGCCAAGCUCAUCUACGCGAAUCUCUUCAACUGGAUUGUAGAUCACGUGAACAAAGCCCUGCAUUCGACCCUGAAGCAGCACUCUUUCAUUGGCGUCUUGGACAUCUAUGGGUUUGAAACAUUUGAGAUCAACAGCUUUGAACAAUUCUGUAUCAAUUAUGCCAAUGAGAAACUGCAGCAGCAAUUCAACAUGCACGUCUUCAAGCUGGAACAAGAAGAAUACAUGCGGGAACAAAUUCCGUGGACCUUGAUUGAUUUCUAUGAUAAUCAGCCGUGUAUCAACCUGAUAGAGGCCAAAUUGGGCAUUCUGGAUCUGCUGGAUGAGGAAUGCAAGAUGCCUAAAGGUUCUGAUAAUAGCUGGGCCCAGAAAUUGUACAACACUCAUUUGAAUAAAACCGCGCUUUUUGAGAAGCCCCGGCUGUCAAACAAAGCAUUCAUCAUCCAGCACUUCGCAGACAAGGUGGAGUAUCAGUGUGAAGGGUUUUUGGAAAAAAACAAAGACACCGUGUAUGAAGAACAAAUCCAAGUUCUAAAAUCAAGUAAGCUGAAGAUGCUGUCCGAGUUGUUUCGGGACGUGAAGGCCACCAGCCCCACUUCGGCAACAUCCUCUGGCCGCACACCGUUGUCUCGGGCAGCUGUUAAACCCACCAAGUCUAAGACGGCCCCGGCAAGCAAGGAACACAAGAAAACAGUGGGGCAUCAGUUCCGAAAUUCUCUGCAGCUCCUGAUGGAGACCCUGAACGCCACAACUCCACACUACGUGCGGUGUAUUAAGCCAAACGACUUCAAGUUCCCAUUCAUGUUUGACGAAAAGCGAACCGUACAACAGCUUCGAGCUUGCGGCGUACUGGAAACCAUCCGAAUUAGCGCUGCAGGUUUCCCCUCGAGGUGGACGUACCAAGAAUUCUUCAGCCGCUACCGUGUCCUGAUGAAACAGAAAGACGUCCUCGGGGACAGGAAGCAGACGUGUAAAAAUGUCUUGGAGAAGCUGAUUCUGGACCAGGAUAAGUACCAGUUUGGGAAGACAAAAAUAUUUUUCCGCGCCGGCCAGGUGGCUUACUUGGAAAAAAUAAGGUCCGACAAGCUGAGAGCCGCUUGUGUCCGUAUCCAGAAGACCAUCCGGGGGUGGCUGAUGAGGAAGAAGUACCUCCGCAUGAGGAAGGCGGCUAUCACCAUUCAGAGAUAUGUCAGAGGAUACCAGGCGCGAUGCCUCGCCACCUUUCUUCGAAGGACCAGAGCGGCCACUGUUAUUCAGAAAUCCCAGCGCAUGUACACCAUUCGCAAACGAUAUCGUCGCACGCGAGCUGCCACUGUGUUUCUGCAGUCGUAUUUACGAGGAUACAUUGCCAGGAAGCAGUACCGGAAGAUGCUGCGGGAGCACAAGGCCACCGUUAUUCAGAAGCGUGUGCGCGGCUGGCUGGCUCGCUUGCGCUACCACAGGGCUCUGGAGGCGAUUGUCUACCUCCAGUGCUGCUACCGGCGCAUGAUGGCCAAGCGAGAGCUGAAGAAGCUGAAGAUAGAGGCGCGCUCCGUGGAACACUACAAGAAGCUCAACUUUGGCAUGGAGAACAAGAUCAUGCAGCUCCAGCGUAGAAUCGACGAGCAGAGCAAAGACUCCAAAUCUUUACUCGAGAAGCUGACUAGCCUAGAGGCAACGUACAGUUCCGAGAAGGAGAAGCUGCGGAGCGACGUGGAGAGGCUUAAGAUGAGCGAGGAAGAGGCCAAGAAAGCCACCAUCCGGGUCUUGAGCCUUCAGGAGGAGAUCGCCAAGCUCCAAAAGGAACUGCACCAAACACAGUCUGAGAAGAAGUCGAUCCAAGCAAAGGCAGAGGUAUACAAACAGGAAACGGACCAGUUGGUGCUGGAACUGAAAGAGCAAAACACAUUGCUUAAAAAAGAAAAAGAUGAGCUGAACCACCGCGUCCAGGACCAAGCCAAAGAGAUGACAGAUGCCAUGGAGAAAAGGCUCCGGGAAGAGACGAAGCAGCUGGAGCUGGACCUGAACGACGAACGGCUGCGCUACCAGAAUCUGCUCAACGAGUUCAGCCGGCUUGAGGAGCGAUAUGACGAUCUGAAGGACGAGAUGAAGCUGAUGGCGAACAUCUCUAAACCUGGGCACAAGAGGACCGAUUCCACGCACAGCAGCAAUGAAUCAGAAUACACCUAUAGCUCUGAGAUCACAGAGGCCGAAGAGUACCCCAUGAGAAUGGAGGAACCAAGCGAAAAGAAGGCCCCUCUGGACAUGUCUUUAUUCCUCAAGCUACAAAAACGGGUUACCGAGCUGGAGCAGGAAAAGCAAUACUUGCAGGAUGAACUGGACAGGAAAGAGGAGCAAGUUCUUCGAGCCAAGGCCAAGGAAGAGGAACGGCCCCAGAUGAGAGGAGCAGAACUGGAAUACGAAUCACUUAAGCGCCAGGAGCUCGAAUCAGAAAACAAGAAGCUCAAGAACGAGCUGAACGAGCUGCGGAAGGCGUUGACGGAGAAGAGCGCUCCGGGUGUCACUGCGCCAGGUGCCCCAGCAUACAGGGUCCUCUUGGAGCAGAUGACCUCCGUCAGCGAGGAGCUGGAGGUCCGCAAGGAGGAAGUCCUCAUCCUCAGGUCACAGCUGAUGAGCCAAAAGGAGGCCAUUCCUACCAAGAACACCAUGACAGAUUCCACAAUCCUUUUGGAGGAUGUUCAGAAGAUGAAGGACAAGGGAGAGAUAGCCCAAGCAUAUAUUGGUCUGAAGGAGACAAACAGAUCGUCUCUCCAGGACUGUCAUAUGCUGAAUGAGGACGGAGAGCUGUGGCUGGUAUAUGAAGGGCUAAAACAAGCCAACAGGCUCCUGGAAUCCCAACUGCAGACCCAGAAGAGGAGCCACGACAACGAGCUGGAGGCCCUCCGGGGCGAGAUCCAGAGUCUGAAGGAGGAGAACAACCGCCAGCAGCAGCUGCUGGCCCAGAACCUGCAGCUGCCCCCGGAAGCUCGGAUAGAGGCCAGCCUUCAGCACGAGAUCACCCGCCUGACCAACGAGAACUUGUAUUAUGAGGAGUUAUAUGCAGAUGACCCUCCGAAGUAUCAGUCGUACCGGAUUUCGCUUUACAAACGGAUGAUAGAUUUGAUGGAGCAGCUCGAAAAGCAGGACAAGACCGUCCGCAAGCUGAAAAAGCAGCUCAAAGUCUUUGCCAAGAAGAUCGACGAACUUGAAGUUGGCCAGAUGGAAAACAUCUCACCUGGACAGAUAAUUGAUGAGCCGAUCCAUCCCGUUAAUAUUCCCAGGAAGGAAAAAGAUUUUCAAGGAAUGUUGGAAUAUAAGAAAGAGGAUGAGCCAAAGCUUGUCAAAAAUCUUAUUUUAGAUUUGAAGCCACGCGGGGUUGCCGUCAACCUCAUCCCGGGUCUGCCGGCGUACAUUUUGUUCAUGUGCGUCCGCCACGCCGACUACCUGAACGAUGAUCAAAAAGUCAGGUCUCUGCUGACUUCCACAAUUAACGGCAUCAAAAAAAUUCUGAAGAAAAGAGGUGAUGAUUUUGAAACGGUGUCUUUCUGGCUGUCGAACACCUGCCGUUUCCUGCACUGUUUGAAGCAGUACAGCGGUGAAGAGGGAUUUAUGAAGCACAAUACAACUCGCCAGAAUGAACACUGCCUCACCAAUUUCGACCUUGCUGAGUACAGACAAGUCCUGAGUGACUUAGCCAUUCAGAUCUACCAGCAGCUUGUCAGGGUGUUAGAAAAUAUUCUGCAGCCGAUGAUUGUUUCAGGAAUGCUGGAGCAUGAAACGAUCCAAGGUGUGUCAGGGGUGAAGCCAACUGGCCUCCGAAAGAGGACCUCCAGCAUUGCAGAUGAAGGGACAUACACGCUGGACUCUAUCAUCCGACAACUGAACACCUUCCACUCGAUCAUGUGUCAACACGGGAUGGAUCCAGAGCUGGUCAAGCAGGUAGUCAAGCAGAUGUUCUACAUCAUCGGAGCGGUGACCCUCAACAACCUGCUCCUGCGGAAAGAUAUGUGUUCGUGGAGCAAAGGAAUGCAGAUAAGAUACAAUGUAAGUCAACUUGAAGAAUGGCUGCGUGAUAAAAAUCUGAUGACCAGUGGGGCUAAAGAAACUCUGGAGCCUCUCAUUCAGGCCGCCCAGCUGUUGCAGGUGAAAAAGAAGACGGAUGAAGACGCAGAGGCCAUUUCCUCGAUGUGCAAUGCCUUAACUACCGCACAGAUUGUCAAAGUUUUGAAUUUGUAUACUCCAGUUAAUGAGUUUGAAGAAAGAGUGACGGUGUCUUUUAUCCGGACGAUAAAGAUGUACAUGCGAGACAGGAAAGACUCUCCUCAGCUGUUAAUGGACGCCAAGCAUAUUUUCCCCGUUACUUUCCCGUUUAACCCAUCGUCUCUCGCAUUAGAAACAAUCCAGAUUCCAGCAAGUUUGGGUCUAGGAUUUCUCUCUCGUGUCUGAAUCAAGUGUACACUU